AUGGUUACUUUUACUUACAGGAAAACUUCAACAAAAAGAUUAACAAUAGGUGCUGCGAUCGUCACUGUUAUAGUUAUCGUCAUAGUUGUAGUAGUAUUGGUGAUAAACAAGAGGAAUGAAGGAAAACGGGUUGGAGCAGUGGGUAGCAGUGGCCAUGGAUGUGCAGAAAUUGGGGUAUCCAUAUUGAAAAAAGGUGGAAAUGCCGUUGACUCGACCAUAGCAACACUAUUUUGUGAAGGUGUGAUGAUGUCGGAAAGUAUGGGUUUGGGUGGUGGAUUUUUCCUGGUACUAUAUAAUAAAACAACAGGAGAAACCUGGGCAUUGGAUGCCAGAGAAACAGCCCCUACUGCUUCAAGAGAAGACAUGUAUUUGGGUCAACCGUCGAACGCUUCACUAAGAGGGGGUAAAUCAGUAGCUGUACCUGGUGAACUUAGAGGAUAUUGGGAACUAUACAAAAGAUUUGGUGGUGGUCUACCAUGGAAAGAUUUAAUCCAGCCAACAAUCGACAUAUGCAAAAAUGGACAAUAUGUAACCAAACAUUUACAUUCUAGAUUUAUUAUGAGAAAACAAUUACUAUGGAACGAUCUUGUGAUGAGGGACACGUUCUUUGACAAGAAGACUAAUGAUACAUAUAAAAUAGGACAAUACUUCAAAAGACCAAGAAUGGCAAAAACUUUGGAAAUAAUCGCUAAUGAAGGGGGUGAUGCUUUACAUAACGGUUCACUUACAGCAGCAUUUGUAAAAGAUAUUGCAGAUAAGGGAGGAAUAAUAACUAUCGAAGAUAUGAAUAAUUACAGGCCCCUGUGGAAAAAGCCAGUUAUAAGCACAGUCUUCAGAAACCAUACCGUCAUAUCCUCACCGUUGCCAGCAAGUGGAAACAUCUUAAACUACAUUUUAGAUUUAUUAAGCGGAUAUAUAGAUGUUACCAAACCUGAUUCAGUAAUAACAAAUCAGAGGAUAGUUGAGAGUUUUAAAUUUGCCUAUGCCAAACGAACAAAGUUUGCGGAUCCAGAUUUCUUUGAUUUUACACCAAUACUAAAAAACAUGACGUCAGCAAAUAUUACUGAAGCUACAAGAAAAUUAAUUAAAGAUAACGAGACCUCACAAGAUCCCUUCUAUUAUGGAGCGUCUACAAAUUUUCAGGAAGAUCACGGCACUUCACAUAUUUCCGUUUUAUCUCCUCAAGGAGAUGCUGUAGCUGUGACUAGUACAAUUAAUUUUAUAUGGGGAGCUGGAUUUCAAUCAAACAGCACAGGCAUAAUUUUGAACGACAGCAUGGAUGAUUUUUCCCAACCGAACUCUGUCAAUGGUUUUGGUCUACCUCCUGCAGCAGCGAACUUUAUUAAACCCGGCAAACGACCGAUGUCAUCAAUGGUUCCUGUCAUCGUUUUAGAUGAAAAGAAAAAUGUAAUUAUGGUAAUAGGCGGAGCAGGUGGUAGCAAAAUAACGACAGCGAAUGCUCUUACGAUUAUAAAACAUUUAUGGUUCGGAAAAGAUUUGUCUACUGCCGUAAAUGAAAUGAGAUUACAUCAUCAGUUAUUCCCGAUGAAAGUUAUUUAUGAAGAAGGAUAUAAAACAAAGGGAAUUGAUAUCGUUAAUGGACUGAAAAAAAUUGGUCAUGAACAUGACUUCAAAGAUGAUUUUGGCUUUGCAGCAGUAACAGCCAUUAGUAAGAACUCCACAACAGGACAAACCGUAGCUGUAUCUGAUCGACGACGUUCAGGAUCAGUAGCCUAUGUGACAGCUUAA